CUCUCUGAGAGGACUGUACAUUGCGGUUAGCCUCACCUGUGUGUUAAGAAAAGCAGUUGAAAUUCAAGGUUCAUGAACUUUGAAGUUUCAGGCGCAAUGGGAGAGGAGAAGGUUUUGAGGAAAUAAGAUUGCUUUGCUUCUAAAGAGUGUAAUUGAGUUUUUCUUUUCUGCUCCUUUGUUGUGGGAUGGAUUCCAUGCUGAGCUGACUCUCCUGUCCUAUUGGACCAGCCAGAGGAUAAGCUGCUAAAGAAACAAGGAAAGAAGAACCGCAGAAGAACUUUUGUCUAAGUAAAGGAAUCUGGAAACCUUGGUGCUCCUGGAGUUCUAGAUAAUUUCUCUCCUUUAUUCGCGAGCAAGGACACAACACAGCCUGAACGAUGGCUUUGAUGGUGGUCAAAUUUGACCUGAAAAAGCGAGUGAAGCUCGCUCAGACAGUCUGGUUCAUGUACUGGUUUGCUGUACUGGCCGGUAUCCUGGUCCUGAGUUUGGGUCUGUUCUUCAAGGUUGAGCUGCGAAAGCGCUCAGAACUUAUGGACAACAAUGAGAGCCACUUCUUGCCCAACCUGCUGAUAUUCAUGGGUCUUAUAGCAUGUGGCAUCAAUGCCUUUGGAGGUAAGGUCUGCUACGACUCUCUGGACCCUACCAAGUUUGUAAAGUGGAAGCCCAUGUUGAAGCCCUUCUUGGCGUUCUGUGUGGUGUUCAAUGCUCUGCUGUUCGUCACCGCUCUGCUGUGUUUUGUGAUGAGGAUCCCUCUACAAUUUACCCUGGCUGAGGGCCUGAGAAACGGCAUGAAGUUCUACAAGGACACGGACACGCCGGGACGCUGCUACAUGAAGAGGACCCUGGACCUGAUGCAGAUGGAGUUCCGUUGCUGCGGAAAUGACAACUACAGAGAUUGGUUUGAGAUUCAAUGGGUUAGCAACCGCUACCUGGACUUCAGCGCUAAGGAAGUCAAAGACCGCAUUGGGAGCAACGUGGAUGGCCAAUAUCUGAUGGAUGGAGUGCCGUUCAGUUGCUGUAACCCCGGCUCCCCAAGACCUUGCAUCCAGCUCCAGAUGACCAACAACUCGGCGCACUACAGUUACGACCACUACACCGAGGAGCUCAAUGUGUGGAAACGCGGCUGCCGUGACGCCCUGCUGUCCUACUACGGAGGCAUCAUGAACACCAUUGGAGCCCUGGUGGUGCUGGUCACAAUGCUGGAGGUUGCUGUGACUGUAGGCUUGCAGUACGUCAACAGCUCCCUGUCCACCCUGGCUAACCCAGAGGACAUAGAGAGCGAGAGUGAGGGCUAUCUCCUGGAGAAGACAGUGAAGGAGACGUUCACCGACGUCAUGGCCAAAAUGAAAGCCAUGGGCAAAGGCGGCAAGGUAGAGGAGGGGGGAGAGGAAGCCGUCGCAACUGUGAGCUGA